CCACUUUUUUUAUUUUUUAUUUUUUUCAUUUUGGUGUUUUUUUUCCCGAUUUAAUUCAUGAAAUUAUCGACAACUAAACGAUUAUUCAAAUAAUCGCUAGCUGCAGCCCUAGAUAUGAUUCUGUGUCCUAAUAGUUGUGAAGAUGAGUGAGCCGGCUCGAGGUCACGACACAGAGACGCAUACAAGAUGUGUUCCUCGUAAUGAGCAGUGCACGUAUUUCUACACAGACGAACGCAAUAAGUGUCCUCGUGUAGAGAAGAUUCGAGGUACUAUGAUUGGUUUGAGAUAAGAAAUGGAAUGGUCAGCAUGGGUGGAUUAGGGGCCACUAUGGGAUUUGUACUCCUGCCUUCCAAGCCUAAAUCCCCCUCUUAUAAACAAAAUGGACACCUUUUAUGCUUCCUCUCACAUUAACUUCUUAUAUAGUAUAUAUAGUUUGCUUUUGUCACAUUGUGGAUUAUUCUGCACAUACGGUAUUUCUCAUUCUGUUAGGACAUGGUUUCAUGAUUGCUUUUCAGCCAUGAGUAAAAGAAAUCAAGUGUCGUAUGUGAAGCCUGCGGAGCCGUCCUUCCUGAAAAAGUUUAAGAAGGAUGUUGGCUACAAAGAAGGGCCAACCGUGGACACCAAGCGAGAGAAUCUUCCAGUGAUGGACGACAGUGAUGGCAGUGAUAAGGAGGAUGAACUACCUCAGGUUGUGGUACUUAAGGAGGGCCACCUGUCGGCAGAAGAGGUGAUGAACAUUAAACAGCAGCUCAAAAGUUCAAAAGAUGAGGAACCAGCCCCCGCAGAUGGAAAAAUUUUGUUUAAAAAGCCGACCAAGCGUUCCACUGGUGAGAAGUUUACAGGUAUAAAUGCAUCCUCCAGCAAGAAGCAGAAGAAUGAAGAAGUCAAGGAAUCCUCCUCGGCUAAAUCCAGUCAAAAGCAAGUGCGGAAUACCAGUUUACUUUCCUUUGAUGAUGAGGAGGAGGAUGAAGACUAGAUAAUAAAUGAAAUAUAUCACUGGAUUUUCACAUUUUAUUUAAGAACUGUUACUCUGUUAUGAAAAGAGUAUGUUCAAACAUUUACGUGAUGAACUACCGUAUUUUUCACUUUAUAAAACUCACCCCCCAAAAGUGGGGGGAAAGCGGCCGUUCAUCUUAUAAACCGAAUAGACAUAAUAGGCGAGCGUGGCGGUAUGACGUGAACAGGGGUGUGCUGCGCUCUCCACCCUAUCCGCCCACCUCUCCUGCUUGUCCGCAGGUCUGUGCCGCUUGCGAUGCCUGGACAGCGGCUAGGUUCUGUGUCUGCCCCCGGCUGCUGUAGCCUGUGUCUGCUCCUAGCCCCGCGACAUCUGCAGUUACCAUCCUCCCAGGUCUUGAUCCAGCCUCCCCCAGCCGCCUACAUACGCCCAAACCAUACCCUCAUCUUGCAGGCUUCUCCGUCUCCAUGGGAACCUCUCAGGGCUAAAGUGUAGUGUCGGAUCAGAGGUUCGUGAUCGCACAAACUCGAUCCUACACCUCGAACUAAGGGCCUAUAUAUUUCUUAUUAUUAUAGAUUUCCCAUCCCCAGUCAAUCUCUAUUUCAUCAUGGUAUCCCAUUUUAAUAUGACAUAUCAUAUGCAUAGUGAGUACUGCAAAUAAGCCAUUACUGCUCGGGGCUGCUGCAUACACUUUAUAUGUGAUGGCUGGGCUGCUAUAACUGGGGCCCAAUGUAAUGGGGUCAGAUCCCCUUCCCCCCAUAACAGAGUCAUCCACAGGAGCCCCCCCCCCCCCCCCCCCAAUUAAGUGUCCUCCACAAAUCCCCCAUAACAGAGCGCCAUCCACAGACCUCCCAUUAGUUCAAAAGCACACCAUUUGGUUCAAAAUAUUUUAUUUUCUUAAUUUCCUCCACAAACACCUAGGUGCGUCUUAUAAAGAGAAAAAUACGGCAUAUUUCCUGUUUGUUUUUUGUUUUUUUAAAGCUAUGUUGGGCGUUUUGUAUACAGCUGUGAGCAUGAGCUCACUUAAGGUAUAAGUAGAAUAAAUUGAUUUUCCAAAUUAAUUUGUGUAUUAAUGAAAGCGAAAGGGGGAAAAUAAAAAAACGUCUUUCACUUAAAAA